CCGCAGUCCAUAUUUGGACACCGAACCCUCGCCCCAUCAAUUGAUGUCGCAUGUCGCGGUCGCUUUCUUGGGGCUUCUGCUGGUCCACGCGCUGGGCGCGGAGUUCGCCGUCGGGGUGCUGGCGCCGAUUACGUCCAACUCCCCCACCUACUUGGCGGCCACAGUAUGCUUCGACAUCGAUUGGCGGAAGAAUUUCGAGCCUGAGCUGAUUGCGAAGCAUGGCCCUCCCAUCGUCCAGAUCCCGGACCCGCAUCCUGAUCUGCGUAACAUCUCCGUGCGCGUGCACACGAGCAACUCCCAGUCUUCCGUGGGCAUCGCUAGCUUCAUCGACAUGCUCCUGGGCCUGGACGGCGGCACCCCCGUGAGCGCGCUGAUCGGCGGCUUCCACUCGGCGAUCUCCAUGCAGGUGGCCAACGUUGCCGCGGCCAAGAAGAUCCCCCAGGUCUCCUUUGGCUCCACGAAUCCCAGCCUCUCCAACAAGGAGGACUACCCCUACUUCCUGCGGACGCUCAUGCCAGACACCGGCCAGGCGGAAGCCAUGUGGACAUGGAUCAUCUACUUCCAGGUGCCGGUGGCCUUUGUGAUCUACAGCGACGAGCCCUACGGCAAGGGCACCUACGACGCCUUGGUGCGGAAGGCGGAGAGCGAGGGCGAGGGCCGCCGACUCAACGGCGCCGGGGUGCUCCACAUGCCCACCAACUACGACGAGCUGGAGGCGGAGAGGACCCUGAACUUCGCGCUGGCCUCCGGGUGCAAGUUCCUGAUCAUGGUCCUCACAGCGGACCAGGCGACCUACCUCUUCCCGGUCAUGAGCCGGUUCGGCAUGCUGGGCGACGACUGGCAGAUUUUGGGGGGCGAAGAUCUGCGGGUGGUACCUGGGAUCAACGACUUCACGCCGGAGGACCUGCCCACGGGCUUCAUGAAGUGGUACCCCGAGAGCCGAGGCAGCCCGCGCAUCGCGGGCCUCUACGAGUCGCUCUGGGAAUCUUUGAGCAUGGAGGAUGUGCUGCAGCCACGGUACGGGGUGCAGAACUUCAAGGUAGGGCUCAACGAUGGCGUGGUGAAGAUGGAUGAGAGCACCUUCCAAGCCUCCAGGAUUUACGCCUACAGCUUCUUCCUCUUUGACGCAGGCUAUGCGCUGAUCUUCGCGGUGAACCGGUUGCUGCACAGCGGCGUGCCGCUGGGCGACAUCAGGGGCGAGCUGCUGCUGAACGAGCUCUGGCAGAACACCAGGUUCCAGGGGGUCUCCGGGGAGGUCUACUUCAAUGAGUUCGGCGACCGCCCGACCAACUUCAAUCUCCAGAAUUGGCAGCCCACGGCGAACGGGCUCAGCUUUCAGCACCUGGCGGUCUUUUCAGUGACCGGGGGCCUGGAGAACUUCACAGGCUACCCCCUCUGGAUGGAUGGGUCGCGGGGCUGGCUGCCGCCUCAACAGCUCUUUACCUGCAAGGCGGGCACCUACAAGGACCAGGAGUCGCUGCUCUGCCGGGAGUGCCCGCGGGGGAUGUACUGCGAGGGGGGCCUCAACUCCUCGUUCGCGCCCUGCCAGCCGGGCUUCUUCUCGCCGCUCACCGGCGCCGCAGAGUGCCAGCUCUGCCCGGUUGGGCGCUUCGCCGCGGACGGCGGGGCCAUGAGCUGCAGCCCCUGCCAGCCCGGCUUCUUCGCCCAGAGCGAAGGCUCGGAGGCCUGCCUGCGCUGCGCGAAGGGCAGCUUCAUGCCGGAGACCAACGCCACCGUCUGCCUCAAGUGCGCCAUGAACCAGGAGACGCCGGAGACCGGCAGCGACAGCGGGGACUCGUGCCGCUGCCCGGCAGGCACCUUCCUCUGCGGGGACUUCUGCGAGGUCUGCCCCGAGGGCCUCGUCUGCCCGGCGGGGCGACUGCCGCCGCAGCAGCAGUGGGGGACCUGGGCCCCAGAGAUCGACGUGAUAGAGCCGUCCGGUGGCACCUGCCCGAUCAAGCGCCUGAUCUGCCAAACCCAGGUGCACUGCCCGGAGGGGGAGAUGGGGCGCUGCGCGAUUGGGCGCCAGGGCAAGGCUUGCGGCACCUGCCUCCAGGGCUUCUAUCCCCUGCAGGAGGGCACCUGUGCGGAGUGCUCCCCCACGGACUCCAUGCUACUGGGGCUCCUGCUGGGUGUGUGCCUCCUCAUCCUCGUGGUGGCCGUGUUUCCCAUGGCGCAGUCUGACAUGAACCACCAGAGCCUGAAUGUGAUCACAGUGGCGGCCAUUGGCAGCCAGAUGGUCAUGGCGGUGCAGGCGCUGGGCUCCCUGCGCCAGCUGCCGGUGAUUUGGCCGCAGCCCUUCGACCAGGUCCUGGAACUCGUGCAGCUCUUCACCCUGGACCUCGACGUGCUCCGGGUCUCCUGCGUCUACUACACUGAUGGCCCCAUCAUGAAAUUCGUAGGGCGGCUGCUGGUGCUGCCGGUGGGCUUCCUGCUGCUGCUGGCGGCCUGGGUGCUGUGCUGGGUGCGGGGCUACAAGGUGCCCUUCGAC